CGACGACCACGGCCCACCAGGGGUCUAUAGACACUCUAACGAGGCCAAACCUAUCGUUUUGUUUAAUCAGGGUUGUGUGGUUGUUGGAAUUACGAUUCAGACAAAUUAUCAUUAAAAUUCAUAAAUGUUUUAGUCAGAUUCAUAAAUUGGAUAAUUGUCACAUUUAUAUUAAUAUCACUGUUUAUUGAUAUGACUCAAAACAUAACUAACAUUGAAGCCGUCAGUGAUGUGAUUGGAUUUCUCGCACCAUUAAUUGUAACACUAUUAAAAAGUAUUAUAUUGCAAGUGUUGCAAAAAGAUAUAGACAAACUUAUUAAUUCAAUUCAUAAACCAAUUGAAAGAUUACGAUAUUCAUCUGAUUUGGGAGUGUUAACAAAAAUACGUACAGCUAUUUAUUACCAAAAUUUUGACUUUACACUAUUUUUGAGUGUCUUAAGUGUUGUAUCAAUAGUGAUAUUUUUUAUAUCAUCAGAAGUAUCAGAUACAGGUUUAGCUAUGCGAGGAUAUUUUCCUUUCAACGAAACAGUUUCACCGAUGUUCGAAACAAUAUUUUUCAUGCAACUGUGGACAAUAUUUAUAAAUUGUAUUUGGGUUGCCCUAUUUGAUUUAUCACUACUCGGAUUAAUAAGAUGGAUAAAUGUACAAAUACACAUAUUACAGUAUAAUUAUAAAAAUUGUGAUCCAAGUUUUUCAAAACGUGAUGAUUUAAAAACGUCGAAAGACACUUAUUUAAAAAUCGAAAAUUAUGAUUUCUUUAAAGUGCCAAGUGACCAAUUUAAAAUAAAUUUAUUCGUUCCAUUCGAAACGAGUGAAAUGAAUGUCGUGGAUGAUUCAUUUAUAUUAAGAUUUAAAACAUGUUUAAAACAUCACCAAAGAAUAAUUAAUAAUAUUGAUAAUUACAAUACGAUAUUUAGUUUUGUUCUUUGUGUACAAAUAAUAACUACGAACGCUGUUGCAUGUUUUUAUCUAUAUGAAGCUGCCUGGGCAAUAAAACACAAUAAAAAUUAUCUGAAAUGCUUCGUUAUGUUUGGAUCAGUCAUGGUCGAGUUAUUUUACUAUUGUAUUUUUGGGAGCCAGUUGAUUAUUCAAGCAGAAAUGCUGCGAUACAGUCAAUAUGAUUCACUUUGGCACUAUUUUCUCAAUCGUCAAGUUCGCGAUCUUGUGGUUAAUGCAUUAUUGAUAUCAAUGAAACCGCUUGAAAUGAGAGCUGGAUACUUUUUUAUUUUUUCUGUUGAAACUUUUGUGUCGGUAUUACAGAAAUCUUACUCAUAUUUUGCCAUCCUCAAUUCACUGAUGGAAUAAAUAUUUCAACUUCGAUUUCAACUUCAAUCAUUUGAACUUCGAAUUCACCAGCAAUCAACGUUACAUUUAAAUAAUACUAAUAAUAAUAAUAGUAUAUAAAUAUAUAUUUUAUAAAUAAAGAAGGUGGUCUCAAGAUGGGCCAUCUAAUGAAAAUGUUAAAAAAAAUUUGUAGUACUAUAUGAGCUCGAGGUAUCACGUAGUGACUGUUUGCUGCAGGUUUUCAUUAAUAAAGAUAUUAAAAGUUCUGAUUUAAUGCUGUCUAACUAGUUGAUUGAUAAAUCUCAUUUUUAUCCAGGAAUUUCCACCACAAAAUAGCACUAAAGAAUGAAUUAUGAACUAAGUUCUAAAUGAAUUUGCUAAGUAAUAACUAUAUUUAAU